AAGAGCUACAAAUGGAGCGGAGCAGGUCGUACAAACGGCCCGGAGGAUGAUAUUUGGUGUAAUCGUAAUGUAAGUACCCGCAACGUUUCUUCAAGCAUGAGAAAAACUAAAACAACUACUACGCCCAUGAUCUCCUUCACGCCUGGGAUCAUUUUCCUCGUCGCCGCAGCCACCACCACGGCAGCUGUUCACGUGGCUGAGCAUGAUGAUGUUGUGCAUGAGAGCAGCAAGAGGAAUUCAUCGCCCCAGCUGCAUCGUCAUUCUGCACGAGGCUCUACUACCGGUAGUAGUUCUCUGGUUUUCCUCGAUGUAGGCGAAAAUGGGGGUUUCGACAACUUGCCAUCUUCAAGUGGCGAUAAAGAAGGAACACACGACGAAGAUCAUCAUCAAGGGGACGUCGAGUACUUCUAUUCUGAGGAGACACCGGAAUCGCAUGUAGUUGCUGGCUCCAUUAGAAGCUCCUCGGUCCUGCAGAGAAGUGGAACGGGACCACUGCGCCAGGAGGACAACUCCGCUUCAACAUCUCCCGACUUCUUCUACUCGGAGCCGCAUGUUGAAGAUCCAUCGUUUCCGACGAGCAGGUGGGCGACGACCCUGCCAGCGGAGGACCACGGUGAUGGAGUAGAAGCCCGUUCUACUUCUAGGACAAAUUCUCCUGCUCCACCACAACACCUCGAGGACCGAGUUCGGUAUUUGGAGCGGAAAAUGGAGGAGUUUGCGGAAAACCUGCACCAUCUGCAGGUCGAGAAUUCGCUAUCAAAUGCAAAAGCGUCUGGCUCUGGAAGAAUGCAAGUCUGUCAUGCUUGUCUGGCAUGUCUCGAGAAUCUGUGUUGCAUAGGCACGAAAAGGCCCGCUUACCUGUCAUGGAAAAACGCAGUUUGCCAUGCGGAAUACGUAAGACAUGGGAGCUAUCCCAAAGAAAAAAGCCGACAGGUCAGAAAAAAAAUAAUUAAAUGAUAAUUGUUAUUGUCAACAAUAAAAGCAAAACAAAACCACAAAAAAAAUUGCCGCCAUACCAUGCGGAUUAGCUUCAGGACAGAUCAGCAAUCGGCGCGAGUCACGGCGGGACGGUGAUCGCCCGCCUUUUUUAUUUUUGUGGCGAAUUUCGCUUAUUCGCGCCAUGCCGUGCGGGCUGGGGUUCGAAGGGGGCUGCCGGCUUCGCCAAUCCGCACGGCACGGCGCCCGCAGUCGGUCUCGCGAUUUUUUUCAAAUUUUUUACGUUCGCGCCAUAGCGUUCGGGCUGGCUUUCUGGCGAAGCUGCCGGCUUCGCGAAUCCGCACGGCACGGCGGUCGCAAUUAGUUUUGCAAAUUUUGGCGAAUUUUUUUGCUUCGCGUCAUACCGUGCGGGCUGGGCUUCGUAAGAGUUUGCCGGAUUCGCCAAACCGCAUGGCACGGCGCCCGCAGUCGGCUUUGCGACUUUUGGCGAAUUUCCUACGUUCGCGCCAUACCGUGCGGGCUGGCUUUCUGGCGACGCUGCCGGCUUCGCGAAUCCGCACGGCACGGCGGCCGCAAUUAUUUUUGUAAAUUUUCGCGAGUUUUUCCUUUUGCGCUUUACCGUGCGGGCCGGGCUUCGUAAGAGGUUGCCGGCCUCGCCAAUCCGCACGGCACGGCGCCGGCAGUCGGUUUUGCGGCUUUUGGCGAAUUUCCUUUGUUCGCGCCAUACCGCGCGGGCUGGCUUUCUGGCGAAGCUGCCGGCUUCGCAAAUCCGCACGGCACGGCGGCCGCAAUUACUUUCGUAAAUUUUGGCGGGUUUUUUCCUUUCGCGCCACACCAUGCGGGCUGGGCUUCGUAAGAGUUUGCCGGCUUCGUCAAUCCGCACGGCACGGCGCCCGCAGUCGGUUUUGCGACUUUUGGCGGAUUUUCUUUGUUCGCGCCAUAGCGUGCGGGAUGGCUUUCUGGUGAAGCUGCCGGCUUCGCGAAUCCGCGCGGCACGGCGGCCGCAAUUAGUUUUGUAAAUUUUGGCGGGUUUUUUCUUUCGCGCCAUACCAUUUCUGGCAGUCCCAAGCGUUGGAAAACUUGGCAAGGAUUUGAAGCCUCGCCGCCUCUGAUUCGGGCGAUUCCGAAUAUUCGAAAGUAUCCGCGGACGAACUCGGCAAAAAUUUCCAGGAGAGGAAGGAAGUUGCUUUGAGUAUGUCAGUCUCCGCAGAUAGAGGCGGGGGGCGCAUUUUUGGCAUUCCCAAUUGUUGAAAAACUUGGCAAGGAUUUGAAGUCUCGCCGCCUCUGAUUCCGGCGAUUCCGAAUAUUCGAGAAUAUUCGAAAAGCUGGCAAAACCUUCGACAGUUUCCAAACUCCUGCCUGCCUAUUUUGAAGCGAUUCCGAAUAUUCGAAAGUAUCCGCGGACGAACUCGGCAAAAAUUCCCAGCAGAGGAAGUAAUUUGCUUUGAGUAUGUCAGCCUCCGCAGAUAGAGGCGGGGGUCGCAUUUUUGGCAUUCCCAAUUGUUGAAAAACUUGGCAAGGAUUUGAAGUCUCGCCGCCUCUGAUUCCGGCGAUUCCGAAUAUUCGAGAAUAUUCGAAAAGCUGGCAAAACCUUCGACAGUUUCCAAACUCCUGCCUGCCUAUUUUGAAGCGAUUCCGAAUAUUCGAAAGUAUCCGCGGACGAACUCGGCAAAAAUUCCCAGCAGAGGAAGUAAUUUGCUUUGAGUAUGUCAGCCUCCGCAGAUAGAGGCGGGGGUCGCAUUUUUGGCAUUCCCAAUUGUUGAAAAACUUGGCAAGGAUUUGAAGUCUCGCCGCCUCUGAUUCCGGCGAUUCCGAAUAUUCGAGAAUAUUCGAAAAGCUGGCAAAACCUUCGACAGUUUCCAAACUCCUGCCUGCCUAUUUUGAAGCGAUUCCGAAUAUUCGAAAGUAUCCGCGGACGAACUCGGCAAAAAUUCCCAGCAGAGGAAGUAAUUUGCUUUGAGUAUGUCAGCCUCCGCAGAUAGAGGCGGGGGUCGCAUUUUUGGCAUUCCCAAUUGUUGAAAAACUUGGCAAGGAUUUGAAGUCUCGCCGCCUCUGAUUCCGGCGAUUCCGAAUAUUCGAGAAUAUUCGAAAAGCUGGCAAAACCUUCGACAGUUUCCAAACUCCUGCCUGCCUAUUUUGAAGCGAUUCCGAAUAUUCGAAAGUAUCCGCGGACGAACUCGGCAAAAAUUCCCAGCAGAGGAAGUAAUUUGCUUUGAGUAUGUCAGCCUCCGCAGAUAGAGGCGGGGGUCGCAUUUUUGGCAUUCCCAAUUGUUGAAAAACUUGGCAAGGAUUUGAAGUCUCGCCGCCUCUGAUUCCGGCGAUUCCGAAUAUUCGAGAAUAUUCGAAAAGCUGGCAAAACCUUCGACAGUUUCCAAACUCCUGCCUGCCUAUUUUGAAGCGAUUCCGAAUAUUCGAAAGUAUCCGCGGACGAACUCGGCAAAAAUUCCCAGCAGAGGAAGUAAUUUGCUUUGAGUAUGUCAGCCUCCGCAGAUAGAGGCGGGGGUCGCAUUUUUGGCAUUCCCAAUUGUUGAAAAACUUGGCAAGGAUUUGAAGUCUCGCCGCCUCUGAUUCCGGCGAUUCCGAAUAUUCGAGAAUAUUCGAAAAGCUGGCAAAACCUUCGACAGUUUCCAAACUCCUGCCUGCCUAUUUUGAAGCGAUUCCGAAUAUUCGAAAGUAUCCGCGGACGAACUCGGCAAAAAUUCCCAGCAGAGGAAGUAAUUUGCUUUGAGUAUGUCAGCCUCCGCAGAUAGAGGCGGGGGUCGCAUUUUUGGCAUUCCCAAUUGUUGAAAAACUUGGCAAGGAUUUGAAGUCUCGCCGCCUCUGAUUCCGGCGAUUCCGAAUAUUCGAGAAUAUUCGAAAAGCUGGCAAAACCUUCGACAGUUUCCAAACUCCUGCCUGCCUAUUUUGAAGCGAUUCCGAAUAUUCGAAAGUAUCCGCGGACGAACUCGGCAAAAAUUCCCAGCAGAGGAAGUAAUUUGCUUUGAGUAUGUCAGCCUCCGCAGAUAGAGGCGGGGGUCGCAUUUUUGGCAUUCCCAAUUGUUGAAAAACUUGGCAAGGAUUUGAAGUCUCGCCGCCUCUGAUUCCGGCGAUUCCGAAUAUUCGAGAAUAUUCGAAAAGCUGGCAAAACCUUCGACAGUUUCCAAACUCCUGCCUGCCUAUUUUGAAGCGAUUCCGAAUAUUCGAAAGUAUCCGCGGACGAACUCGGCAAAAAUUCCCAGCAGAGGAAGUAAUUUGCUUUGAGUAUGUCAGCCUCCGCAGAUAGAGGCGGGGGUCGCAUUUUUGGCAUUCCCAAUUGUUGAAAAACUUGGCAAGGAUUUGAAGUCUCGCCGCCUCUGAUUCCGGCGAUUCCGAAUAUUCGAGAAUAUUCGAAAAGCUGGCAAAACCUUCGACAGUUUCCAAACUCCUGCCUGCCUAUUUUGAAGCGAUUCCGAAUAUUCGAAAGUAUCCGCGGACGAACUCGGCAAAAAUUCCCAGCAGAGGAAGUAAUUUGCUUUGAGUAUGUCAGCCUCCGCAGAUAGAGGCGGGGGUCGCAUUUUUGGCAUUCCCAAUUGUUGAAAAACUUGGCAAGGAUUUGAAGUCUCGCCGCCUCUGAUUCCGGCGAUUCCGAAUAUUCGAGAAUAUUCGAAAAGCUGGCAAAACCUUCGACAGUUUCCAAACUCCUGCCUGCCUAUUUUGAAGCGAUUCCGAAUAUUCGAAAGUAUCCGCGGACGAACUCGGCAAAAAUUCCCAGCAGAGGAAGUAAUUUGCUUUGAGUAUGUCAGCCUCCGCAGAUAGAGGCGGGGGUCGCACUUUUGGCAUUCCCAAUUGUUGAAAAACUUGGCAAGGAUUUGAAGUCUCGCCGCCUCUGAUUCCGGCGAUUCCGAAUAUUCGAGAAUAUUCGAAAAGCUGGCAAAACCUUCGACAGUUUCCAAACUCCUGCCUGCCUAUUUUGAAGCGAUUCCGAAUAUUCGAAAGUAUCCGCGGACGAACUCGGCAAAAAUUCCCAGCAGAGGAAGUAAUUUGCUUUGAGUAUGUCAGCCUCCGCAGAUAGAGGCGGGGGUCGCAUUUUUGGCAUUCCCAAUUGUUGAAAAACUUGGCAAGGAUUUGAAGCCUCGCCGCCUCUGAUUCCGGCGAUUCCGAGGAUUCGAGAACAUUCGAAAAGCUGGCAAAACCUUCGACAAUUUCCAAACUCCUGCCUGCCUAUUUUGAAGCGAUUCCGAAUAUUCGAAAGGAUCCGCGGACACACUCGGCGGGCAAAAGUUUCCAGAAGAAGAGGAAGCCACUUACUUUAAGGAUGCCAGUUUCCGCAGAUAGAGGCGGGGGUCGCAUUUUUGGCAUUCCCAAGCGUUGAAAAACUUGGCGAGGGUUUGACGUCUCGCCGCCUCUGAUUCCGGCGAUUCCGAAUAUUCGGGAAUAUUCGCAAAGCUGGCAAAGCCUCCGACAGCUCCCAGGCUCCUGCCUGCCUAUUUUGAAGCGAUUCCGAGCCUUCGAAAGUAUCCGCGGACGAACUCGGCAAAAAUUACCAGAAGCGGGAGCAAUUUGCUUUAAGUGCGCCAGCUUCCGCAGAUAGAGGAGGGGGUCGCAUUUUUGGCAUUCCCAAAUGUUGAAAAGCUUGGCGAGGGUUUGACGCCUCGCCGCCUCUGAAUCCGGCGACUCCGAACAUUCGGGAACUUUCGCAAAGCUGGCAAAGCCUUCGACGGUUUCCAAGCUCCUGCCUUCCUAUUUUGAAGCGAUAAUUGCGAUCGCCGUGCCGUGCGGAUUCGCGACGCCGGCACCCUCUUGCGACCGCCAGCCCGCACGGUAUGGCGUGAAGGCAAAAAACUCGCCAAAAUUCGCAAAACUAAUUGCGGCCGCCGUUCCAUGCGGAUGCGCGAAGCCGGCAACUUCGCCCGAAGGCCAGCCCGCACGGUAUGGCGCGAAAGGAACAAGCCCGACAAAAUUUACAAAAUUAAUUGCGGCCGCCGUGCCGUGCGGAUUCGCGAAGCCGGCAGCUUCGCCAGAAAGCCAGCAGCACGGUAUGGCGCGAACAAAGAAAAUUCGCCAAAAGUCCCAAAACCGACUGCGGGCGCCGUGCCGUGCGGAUUGGCGAAGCCGGCGACCUCUUAUGAAGCCCAGCCCGCACGGUAUGGCGCGAAAGGAAAAAAAUCGCCAAAAUUCACAAAACUAACCGCGGCCGCCUCGCCAUGCGGAUUUGCGAAGCCGGCAGCUUCGCCAGAAAGCCAGCCCGCACGCUAUGGCGCGAACAGCAAAAAUUUGCAAAAAGUCGCAAAACCGACGGCGGACGCCGUGCCGUGCGGAUUGGCGAAGCCGGCAACCCCGUACGAAGCCCAGCCCGCACGGUAUGGCGCGAAACAAAGAAAACUCGCCAAAAUUUAAAAAACUAACUGCGACCGCCGUGCCGUGCGGAUUCGCGAAGCCGGCAGCUUCGCCAGAUAGCCAGCCCGCACGCUAUGGCGCGAACAUGGAAAAUCUGCAAAAAGCCGCAAAACCGACUGCGGGCGCCGUGGCGUGCGGAUUGGCGAAACCGGCAACCCCCUACGAAACCCAGCCCGCACGGUAUGGCGCGAAUGGGCGAAAUUCGUCGCAAAAAUAAAAAAAGCGGGCGAUCGCCGUCCCGCCCUGAUUCGCGCGGGUUGCUGAUCUGUCCUGAAGCUAAUCCGAAUGGUAUGGCGGCAGUUUAUUCUUGUUGUUUUGUUUUGCUUUUAUUGUUGACAAUAGCAGCCCCACCAUGAUUCGCGCGGAUUGCUGAUCUGUCCUGAAGCUAAUCCGCAUGGUAUGGCGGCAAUUUUUUUUGUUGUUUUGUUUUGCUUUUAUUGUUGACGAUAACAAUUAUUAUUUAAUUAUUUUUUUUCUGACCUGUCGGCUUUUUUCUUUGGGAUAGGAGCCAAAAAAUUUGUCAUGCGUGGCUGCGUAUUGCAGUGCGUGUGCCAUUCACUUUUAGCAUUACAAGUUUCCAGACCCAGACAUUUUUGCAAUCCAUACGCGCAGUUGAAGGACAAACUGGACCAGCACCACGACUUUUUCCACGACGCGCUGCAGCGAGUGCGGUGGUGCGGGGCGGUCACGCUCAGCCUGAUCCGGUUUCUGCUGUCCGUAUGGGGGUGUCAGGAUCGAAAUCGUCAGAGUUGAAAUAGUUUGUCAUGCAUAAAGCCGAUACCAGUUGGAAGCCCACUUAUCAAGCGGCGCAUGACAAAUUUUCGGAGCACCCGGAUCCAAUUUGUCAUGCUGUUUGGGCACAGAAUACUGCUUCUGUCAUGCUCCUUUAGCAGCUCUAUUCCAAACCCUAGAUAGGCUCACAAUCUGCCUCACUUGCCAUCCCGGCAAGACAGGCACUUCAUGCCUUGCAUUUUAUGCAUGGCAAAUCAUUUCAACAACUUCGUUGACUUCAAGCCUGACGCUCCCAUAGUCCGCCUUCGUCGGUUCCACGCGGACGGACGGGGUGCUGGGGUUCUUGCUCUUGGUCGCGGGUUAUACAGCCGUGGUUUUCGGGACUUUGCUUCCCUGGAAGCUCGUGUUUUUUCCCGAAACAAUCGUGCGGAAACUGCUGGUGCGCAAGAGCAGGCGGGGUGGAGGUCAAGGUCACCUUUCUUCAAAUAUGAUGAACAUCAAAACGGCGAGCAGACGAGGAGAGGGGAGUGAGGCUGCAGUGGACGUCGAUCACGACGACAUCGAGACGAGCACCAGCAGCAGACUGGAGGGGAGCUUCAGUCAAGGCAGUGUCUUUCUGGGUGAAUCGACAAACGAGCCGCAUGUCGAUGACGAAGAUUUACCAGUGCUGAGUAUGAACGCUCCGGACUCCGCCCUGCAGAGUGGUGCAAGCGAUGUUGACGAGGAAACAAGAACUGAGGAGCCAGGCCGCCGCGCAAAGAAGAGAACGAAAGCGCCGAAUAAACUGGAGGAUCUUUUGAAGAAACGCGAAGGAGGUCCUCGUGCGGAGUCUACUUUUGGUCACCACCUGGAAGUUGUUCAGACGGCCGAGUCAGGUGGUGCAUCAUCAACAACCGCAAAAGAUGAUGCUAGUACGAUGAAAGGCACCUCGCUGCUGGGCGAAGUUGUUGUAAGCCAAGGAGUCGGAGAUGGAGUGGAGAAGCAAGACGACACCUCAGUUUUUAUGCCACCGGGCUUCGAGGAAAGACCGGUCGAGGAGGUGCAGCUGCCUAAAGGGUUUCUGAGGAGCGGCACGCUGUCUAUCAAAUGCAAAAAUGUCUGGGUCUGGGAGAUUGCGAGAUUCCUCGUGCUAGUCUGGCAUGACUCUUAAAUCUGUCAUGCACGUUUCCCAAGAGCCCCAUUUUGCUGUCAUGCAGAAACGCAGUUUGUCAUGCAGAAUAGGCAAAACCUAGAAGCAAGCUCAGAAACUUGCCAUGCUGAGCCAGCAUUUGUGGCCUCUUCAUGAUACGCCACCCAGCAUCACAAGUUUCCAGGAGAGGACCCAGACUUUUUUACAAUCCAUACUGUCCAGCGUGUGCCAAAACCCGGAAGCGGCCGAGGGCAAAAUUUUUACCCUGUGCCUGGUACUCUACAUGGUGGCCACGUUGCUGAACCAGUACCCGUUUCACGCGUACCGGUCCUUCUGCCAAUGGGCGGCGCCCGAGGAGGCGAGCGAGCGGGGCAAUCCGGGGUAUGCUGCGCAAAAGUAUCGUAUUCGUAUGAAUGCAAGUCUUGCAGCAUUACAAAUUUUUUUCUCAAGGUAAAUCCGCAUUACAAAUUUUAUUUCUCAUGCUGAGGGAAUUUGUCAUGCAUUUGGACGAGUGCGAUACUUUUGCAGUUCAUACGGGGCUGCCGAAGCUGACGUCGCCGGAAGAAAUUUGCCUGCGUAUUGCAAGAAAAAAUCCCCUCUCCCCAUAUUGAAAACGUAUCCUCUGAAAAUUUGAGAUGCAGAUUUGUGACCACAAAUCUUGCCUGUUUUGCUAGAAGGCAAGUCCAGGCUCUCUGCCACGCUAUGCAGGCGAUUUGAAAUGCUGUAAGGACUACGGGGCAGCCGUCUACCAUGCUACGCGCCUACACCAAAAGGCCCCUAUCUAGGCUCGCGAUCUGCGUGGAGUCCUCUACUGCAAGACAAAUCUGAUUUGUGUACGCAGACCCAGCAUCACAGAUUUCCUUUUCGAUAUGGGGAGGGGGGAUUUUCCCUUUUGAUACUGCGUGCCAUCUGGCUGAUUGUCCCGUCCUUCUGCUGUUCUCUUGUGAUUCCGACCGAUUCGUUAUCAAAUGCAAUAAUGUCAUCUGGGUCUGGAACAAAGCAACUUGCCAUGCUGAAUCUGAAUCAUGUAAGAAUCUGCGUUGCAUGAUUACCAAAAGCUGCCCACUUUUGACCUAAUCGAGAGGCAGGUUCUCAUGCAGGAUAGGCAUGAUAGAACUGUCACAUCAGAAUCUGUCAUGCUAUGUCCUACAUACCAGACCUCAUGGGUCAUGGAAAAGAACCUGCAGGACAAGUCUGGCAUUCUUCCAGAGACCCACACACUUUUGCAGCUGAUACUGGUCUUCGAUAGACCAAAUUUACGCUGGCACCAAGAACAAGAGUACCCGGUGGAAGCGAUCGCGGGCCCGCACGGCGAAGGUCUUUUGGCGGCUGCACUCGUUUUCCGCUCAGGCCGGGGGUGCUCUGCUGGUGCUUUUCGAGGGGCUGCAGCUCUUUUGGGGCGAGAACGUGCCGUAUGCAUUGCUAAUGUAUCUGGGUGGUCUGGAAGGUUGGAACUUGUUAUGCGAAUUUCGCAACACAGACAAAUUUCUCAUGCAUAGGCAGCAAAAGGCGCGCAUUUUCUGUCACCAAAAAGGAGGAUUUGUCAUGCGGAUUGGGCAUGGCGGAAGGUUCUCGAAAUCUGUGAUGCUAGGGCUUCCAUGACAGACCUUCUGUGUCAUGCAAAAACAGCAUGAUAAAAAUCUGCAUUCUUCCAGACCCACACAUAUUUGCAUUUCAUAUGCCCUUGACCUACCUCACGGCCAUCUCCGACCCCACCGUGGUGGUAUGCAUUGCAAAUAUGUCUGGGUCUGGAAAGAUUCGAACUUGUGAUGCGCAUUUCACAACGCGCAGAAAUCUCUCAUGCUUAGGCAGCAAAAGUUACCCAUUUUCUGUCAUCGGAAUAGAGGAUUUGUCAUGCGGAUUAGGCAUUGCGUAACCUAAACCUGUGAUGCUAGGGCGUCCAUGCCAGACCUUCCGUGUCAUGCAAAAACAGCAUGACAAAAAUCUGCGAUCUUCCAGACCCAGACAUUUUUACAUUUCAUAGGUGGAUCUGUUUGACAAUUUUCUCACGCGCCGGGGCUACCUGUGGCACUCGGGUUGCCUGGAUUACCAAACCUCGCCGCGGCCGUGGGAACCCAUCACUUGGGCGCGGCUCCUGGUGUUGUGCGUCGCCGUUGUGUCUUAUCAAAUGCAAAUAUGUCUGGGUCUGGAAGGAUACAAGGUUUGUCAUGCUUGUCUGGCAUGACUGAAGAGCUUGUGAUGCGUGUCCAAGGAAGAAGAGACCCUGUUGCUUGUCAUCCAAAAACGCAGUUUGUCAUGCGAAAAACGCAACACUUACACUAAGCCGCGCAAGUAUUUCUCAUGCUUGCCUGUACGUUACAGAGCAUUCACUACUCACAGCCCAGCAUUACAAGUUUCCAGACCCAGACAUAUUUGCAUUUGAUAUGUCUGGGGUCGGGCUAAGUUUCCUUCAGCUUGUUUUAUUCGUUUUCAGGGCGCGUUCAGAACAACAUGAUUCACCGCCUCCUGCUGCAACUUCUAGCGCUCGCCCUGAAUGGAGGAGGACUUCUGAUGUUAUCGAAAACAGAGUCAGUGCGGAGCAUCAGGAAGAACAGGAUUUAUUUUCGCCAGAACACAAAAAAAUUUCGGAAGAUGAGGACGCGGUGGCCGCGGAGAGACGGUUUUUCCGGAAAGAAAAAUGUAGACGCCACCUGGCUCGGUGCUCCUUUGUAUUCGAGUUGCUGCUGUGCUACUGCGUGUUUGCGCUGCCGCUACUGGCUUCGUGGCAAGUGAACCACACCGGGGCCUUUCACGCGUUUGACUCAGGAGAUAUGGACACCGAAGAGUUCGUGGAGAUGGUCCUGGUGCGCCCCCUGGUGGAGCAGUACGCGCAGGCGCUUCCCAGUUCCAGCCUCUACACAAAGAAGGACGCCGAGGUCCAAUUGCACACGUUUUGGGACUCGGUGCCGUAUCCGGAGCUACAGGAGCAGCUGGAAUCUUUGAGUACCCGAAUGCACGACAUCCAGCACUUGGCGUGCGCCGCUUUGCAAAACGAGCACAAUUUCCGCACCAACACCCUGGUACUAGAUCUCUCCCGCCGGCCCAAGCACGCGCACAGCCAAAUUUGGCGGGGCAGGUCGCUCGUCCGUGUGCGCGAGGACUUUCAGACUUUGUCUGAGCAUGUAAAGACGAUGGAGGAGGAAGCGGCGGAGGCAAGAACAGACGCGGGCAGCAGCAGGGCGGAAACCGGGCACAAGUUGGGCAACAUUGCGAAAAUCGAAGAUGAGUUGCCGGCCUACCGGAAAGCGGCGCCGCACCUGGGCCUCGUGACGGCGAUUCUCCGGGAAAGGAACAAUAAAUUACAGGCGAAGGCGGGGGCGGCAGGACGAGGACCACUCGACCAAUGAUGCGGACGUCGCAAAGGACGGAGCAACGCUGGAGGAGGAAGAAAUAAGAACACGACAACUACAACAGCAGGCCGCACAAGAUGAACAUCAUCAUCAGCAGGAGCUCCUCGCACCUACAACUUUGCCCUCUGGACGUCCAGACGAAGCCUCGAUACAACACCUAGCAUCCACCUCCUCGCCGGCAGAUGAAAAUAGAAGUUUGUCGUCAGCCGAAGUUGAUGUUGCCCCCUCCGAACCUGCUUUAUUGCCAACACGACCUCCCGAGACUUCGACUUCGUUGACGGCACCAGCCUGAGUAUGGAGAAGCGUCUUUUUCCGUUUGAAUUAAGUAGUAGGGAUGUGAGUCUUCAAUAAUGUUGAAAGCAAUUUUUACCGGAAGCAUGCACAACGAGAAAAGAUUAAUAUGUAAAGUAGUUUUUGAUACCUUCAGUUUGGUUCAUCUUCAAAAUUAAAACCACAAAAUAUUGGAAGAGAAAAAUUCAAAAUCCGAGGUUCUUAUUUUGUUCAAAUUGCCGAAAAGUGUAAAAAGGUAUCGACUCGACGCUGUAGAAGUGUAGGGAAAAUAUUAAACGAUUUGAAACUUCUUGACGGUGGAUAAUUGAUCAUCACGUCUUGUUCCUUGGUCAUCUUGUUCUACGAAAUCUUCUAAGAACACCACCAGCUGCCUUGCUCUAGUCGUUCGUGCGAUCGGCCGGUUGGAUCAGGUGUUGCUGGAAAAAAAAAAUGCUGCAUUGAUCAGCGAU